AUGGACAGUGAUGCUAACACAAGGCGGCUUCAUUGUGGAGACGCAAUUGAUGUCAUCAGUAACCUGCCCAGUGACUUGCUAGACCUCAUUCUGAAGCAAUUACCGAUUGAUUGUGUAGCAAGAAUGAGCACUGUCUCAAAAAUAUGGAGGGGGAAAUGGGAAAUGCACCCACAUCUAGUUUUUGAUGACUUUUUCUUCGACCGGAUUUCUCAGAGGUUUUCUUUUAGGAAUAGAGAACUUGAAUUAUAUGAAUUUUCAAGAACUGUCAGCAGUAUUCUUCUAGGUCGUAGUGGUCUCAUAUUAAAGUUUGUUCUAUGCAUCCCUUAUGAUCUCCCUCUUCGUCACUGUUCAGAUAUAGAUAUUUGGAUUAGAAACAUAUCAAACAAGGGAGUUAGGGAAGUGCAACUUCAUAGUCGUCGUUCAUCCGUUUCCUACCGAAUACCAUCUUAUUUGUUCUCAUGUUCGGAUUUGACUCGUCUGAGUAUAAGUUAUUGUAUUCUCACACCACCUCUGAUGUUUGAAGGUUUUCGUAAUUUGAUUAGUGUUUCUCUUGUGGGUGUCAAAAUUACUGCUUACACAUCAUUUGGGGCUCAACUUAGAAAACUAUAUUUGCAAAGUUGUGUUGGGAUUGAACAUUUGGGCCGUCAAUUUAAAUAUUAUAUCAAUCUCACUUUUUUGAGUAUCACCGAUUCUGGGGAAAUUGAUUGGCAAUGGUUUGGAUGCACCCGAAAGGUAAAUGUUUCUGUUCUCAUGUUGUGUGGAAAGGCAAAGAAAAUUGUGGAUUUGGAAGAGCUAGUUGACAAUAUGCCUAGAAUCGGUAAUCUUCAUCUUGAUGGCUCUUUCCUUAAGUUUUUGGAAUCAGGUGCAGCGAUUAGGAGGCAUAUACUAACAAUGGAUGCUUUGAAAUAUCUGACCCUUGACAAAGUUGGAUUUUAUGAUUUGGGUCAGAUUAAAAAUGUUAUUUGCUUGAUGGGAAUUUCGCCCAAACUGGAAAAACUCGUCAUGAACCUGGAAUUUGAUUUGAAGUGGUGGAAUUACGUGGAAGAAAGCAGGGAACAAAUGGUGUCAUCGGUUGCACAAUAUUUGCAAUCACUAUACUUGGUUGGCAUGACUUUUAACCGACUUGAAACUGUGGAAAUAUAUGUCGUGGAGAAUUCGGCUGAGCUCGAGUUCAUAAAGCUUUUGCUUGCAUCUUCUCCUUCGCUUAGAUCGAUGAGAAUUCUUAACAUGAUUAGUGACCGUAAAGAAGCGUUAAGGAUUUCGCAAGAGUUAAUGAGGUUCCCCCGAGCAUCUACAAAUGCAGAGAUAAUAUGGAGGUAA